AUGUACAGGCUUGCCAAAUCGUCAAGAGUAUUCGAUGGUAACAAACCUAUCCUAUAUGUGGCGGAACCGGCGCUAAUCAAACAGAUACUCGUCAAGGAUUUCAACAAUUUCCGCGACCGCCGUAUCGGCACCGAUAUGUAUCACCCGCUGGUCGACCAGUCAGUGUCGGGCGCGCGGGGAGACGACUGGCGCCGCAUGCGGUCCAUAGUGUCGCCGGCCUUUUCCACCGCAAAGAUGCGUCGACUCUACAAAACAGUCGGCGAAACACUCGAUGUAUUUGCGGAUACGUUCGGCGAUGUGUACGGACUCGCGGGCGCCGCCCGUCCGGUGCGCGAAGUGGACGUGAAGGAAGCUUUUGACUGUUUGGCGAUGGAUGUGAUCGCGCGGUGCGCUUUCGCCUCACAUAUCGACACAUUGAAUGAGUCGGACAACGAGUUCGUGACGUACGCCCGGGCGGUACUCAAACCGCCCGUUUGGCGCCUAUUGGCGGCCGUAUUAUUGCCGCGCUUUGCGUUACGCCUACUGGAUAUCAAGACAUUCAUGAAUGAAGAGUCGAUUUGUUAUUUUUACCAUUUGUUGCGCCCAUUGAUCGCUAGCAGAAAAGCGGAACCGGAUGUCCGACACGACGACUUCGUGGACCUAUUGAUUAGAGCGGAGAGACAGCCGGCGAGCGAAACAGUGGACAAUGAGCGCCGGCCAGACGCCCAUCACGUGAACGAAGGAGAGGAAGAGCUAAUGAUUGAGAGGAGAGCUCUCGAAGUGAAUGACUUGUCGAAGAAGUUUUUGACCGAAGAGGAAGUGAUUGGACACGCGUUCGGCUUCAUUACGGCUGGAUUUGACUCGACGGCCAACGCUCUGGCGUUCAUGUGCUACGAGUUGGCGCUCAAUCCGGAUGUCCAGCAAAGGCUGUACGACGAGGUGAUGGCGGCCGCGGCUGACACACCCGACGGAGAGCUCGGGCACGACGUGUUGCCACGAUUGGCCUAUUUGGACGCUGUGUUCUCAGAGACUUUACGCCUGCAUUCGCCGACACUUAAGUUGUUAAGAGUGGCGGCCGAAGACUACCCGCUCGGCGACACCGGUAUCACUAUUCCCAGGGGUCAGUCGGUGGUCAUACCCAUACACGCCAUACACCAUUCGCCGGAGUACUACCCGGAGCCGAACCGAUUUUUACCCGACAGGUUUAUGCCGGAAAAUCGACGCCUACUGACGCCCUACACGUACCUACCGUUUGGCUCCGGGCCCCGCAAUUGUGUGGGAAUGAGUUUCGCACUCAUGGCUACAAAGCUAGCGUUGGCCCGCAUUGUGUUGCGUUACGAGUUUAGCCGCAGCCCACGCACACCCGUUCCCCUCUGCUAUGAAAAGCACCGGCGCAUCAAAACUAUCAAAUCAAUUGUGUUGAACAUUCAAUUCAGAGCUUAG